AUGUCAGCGUUAGGGAAGGCAUUGAUGGCUUGGCAGUUUGAGAACCGCGAGAAUCGAGGCUUCUUUGCACGCGACAGAAGCAUGUCUUCGGACGAGGAAGUCGCAGGGACCAUUACGAUAAGGGUCGUGGACCUGUUCUACGCAUUCAUUGCCUCAGCCCUUGUUCGUCAAGGGGUCAUACCUUGCUCCCCGAUCUCCCCAAUUACUAGAAUUACAGUACAGGCAGCGUAUGUGAAGACAAUGUGUGAUCUACAAGGUGUUCAAUUCCGUGUGUAUCUGUCUCGGCAAUUUUCGAUAGCAUAUGAUGUAUACUUGCAAAUGCUGACUAAUAUCAACAGCCUUGUUCAUGCAGCAAUUGGACGUAAUGAUCCGGAUUGGAGGCUCAAGCACGCAUGUCCAGCAUGCACAUACACAUUGACUAACGAACUCCCUUUAAAAUUUAGAAUGCUCUACACAAAAGACGGCAAUGAUUCUCUCAAGUGCGUGUUGAAGCAGCACAUCGGAGACAGCGACAUGGAUUCAGACAACACCAUGGCAUUGUCUCAGCGCUCCUGCGAGCUUCCAACUACUCAAUUUGUGGGAGGUGACCGGUACUUAUCAAGAUAUUUUAUUGACAGUUUCGUUGGUGACUCGCCUGUUGACAUGCUGGCGGAUGACAACGAGGAUAACCCAUGUGCUGGCCGGUGGAAGAACAUGAAGGACGAGAAGACUAGCAAAAUGUGGGGUGUCUUCGACGAAUCUGGAAUAUUCAUGGCGGUUUGUCGUCAUGGGUUCUCUCUAGUGAUCGCAGACAUGGUUCAGAGCGGCGAACAGGCUAAAUAUCCUCUGGCCGUUGUCUCAAAGCUUCUCGAUGCAUUUGGCAAGGACCUCAGUGGUGGGUACGACAUAGGGUGCAGGUUCAAGACCACCCUCAGUCGCAGUGUACUUGGGCACCACGCUCGUGAACUGAAUCAUACCUCACUCGUCGGUGCAUUCCAUGGCCAUGCUCAUCAGCAUCUGUGUCAGCUCGAUCACCUUGCCACCUAUGUUGAUGGCCUUGGGCUAGAAGACCUCGAAGGCUGUGAAUGGACGUUCUCAAAGUCCAACGCACUCGCGUCAUCGGUCCGAUAUGCAAGCAUUUUUCACCGGCGCACAUUUUUAUACAAUAACUACAAGCAAGCGCUUCGCAUAAUUACUGACGGUCAAGAAUCUCUUCCAAGACUGAUGCGCGAACUCGGUAUAGAGGAUGAGAGCGUGUUUGACGCCUGCCAAGAACCAACCAAUGAGACCCUGCAGAUGGAAUACUGGCAAAAACUUGUCAAUUUGUCUGGUAGCAAACAGGAUCUAGACACUGCUACGGCAGCUUGGACUGUGGCCACUCCAAACACGGUGCAGUUCGGAGCCCAUGAGGUUGCAUUGACGGACAAGAUCGAGACCGCACGCAGGCAUGCCAUCGAGAACCACGAGAAGGACCUCAAGGUAGUCCAGGAACUGGAGAUGAAGCUUGGUGUGAUGCGAAGAUGGGUACCAGAAGAUCAGGAAUGGAGGGAUGUGGGCCAUCUGGUGGCAAACCAUAAGUUCCAGCGGUCUCUCAAUCAACUUGAGAGUCUCGUUGUUGCUCGAAUUUUCGAGCUCUCGAAGAUGAAUCAAGUGGGGACAGGCUACAAACUUCGUAAAUACAUUGGCAAGGCUCUACAAGUGCGUUCGGCAGCCAUUCGCACUGCUCUAGACAAGUAUAAUACUGCUGCUCGAGCACUUUCCCCUCCACGUCCUGCUCUCUCAUGGGAAGAAGUCGUCGAGUAUGCAUUCCUCGCUGACUUCGACCUCCUCCGUGAUGCAUGGCAAGAUAUAUCACAGCGCCCCUGGUCAACUCCAUCUGGUCGCCUUACUAUGGACACUCACUUCAAGAUGCGCCGUGCACGCGAGGAGGUUCAACGUCUUAAUAUUGAAAUCAGGCGGCUAGCUACCUACUUACAUGACGAGAGCCGGUACUUAAUAGAGUGCAAGAAGCAACUUCAAACUCUACAUCUGGGGCUCGCUCAUCAAGUUGCCUUGCAUCGCAAGAUCCGUGCAAGGUUCUCUGGACAUCACUACCAUCGCCUGCAUGAGAUCAGCACGCUGGAAGGCUUUACAGGGUCCAUUACACCGGGUGAAAGCAUCGAGCAAGGACCGGGUACCAGUGCAACCUCUCCUACAGUCUGCAUUCCUUCCCAGCUUGUUUCUGAUGGGCCGCGCAUAGACCAGGGAGGCAAAGACGAUGAACUGGAGGAUCUUGAAGAGGAGGAGAAUGCUGAAGCCGAUGGGGAGGAGCACGCUCGCAUACUCGAAGGGAUUGUACAGGUGACAUUCGAUGUUUGA